GUUCGCAAACUCCUCGAUCUGCCGCCCUGUUCUGAUUGCAAGCAGUGUUCCAGCACAACAUUGCUCAAUAGGUGAAAUCGAAUGUUUCCCGCCUCCCUGGGAGUCUGUCGCAUGAUCCUCACUCGACUCGACCCGCGAAGUCGAGUCGAACCCCAGAUUCGUGCUUCAUAAGUUGAUGAAGUUUCUCUGUCAUGGGAUAAGCAACGAAAAAGGAGCAUCGAGUACAAUCAGCUGUUGGGGCAGUGAUUGCGUAUUACGUCGCCUUCACGGAACUACAGCUGCUCCAGAUUUCAGCAGGCAACAUAUUCCUCUCGAUUGCGGCGACCGAGAGCUGAUCGAAAGAGCAGAGCCGUCGGUGUUCAUCCUCGGACCAAGUUCCCGGAUAUCGCUGAAUAUUGUGGAUGAAGUUCCAUUCGGAGAUGGAGGAUCUCGUCAAAGACUUCACCGUUGUCGUGGGCUCCCGGAAGCUCAGGACCAACAGAAGUUGCUUGGAGAAGCAUUCGGACUACUUCAAGGCGAUGUUCAGGAUCGGCAUGAGGGAAAGCCUCACGAGCAGCGUCAAACUCCAGAAUAUCGAUGAGGACCUAAUGUGCCUGAUAAUCCAGCACUGUGAGCGGGGUGUGCCGGUCAGAGUGAAUGAGAACAACGUGUUCCGCGUUCUUGCGGCGGGAAUGAUGCUCCAGAUGGAUGCUCUCAGAACCAGUGCCGAAAACUACCUCAUCACAAAUUUGAACAUUUCGAACGCGCUAGACACGUUCAAAGCGGCGGACUUCUACGGCGCGCAUUCCUUGCGUGAAUAUUGCGAGAAGUUCAUCUGCCUAUGGCUCGAAGAAAUCGUCGAUAGUUUGACUCCGGAGAAUUCGGAGGUGGUUCGCAAUCUUCUUCGAAGAGAAUACUCACACUGGAAUGAGGAUCUGAUGUUCAAAGCCGUGAUGGCAGUGAUCCGGGGCCAAAGCGCGGAGAGAGCGCAAGAGCUCUUCGAUUGUCUAUACGCCCAGGAUGUCACCCUGGAUCACGACGUUUUCAACCUGUACAAAAGUGCCGGACUCGGCCUGAGAGGUCACCGGAAAGGAAACUCGACUCUCGCCGUCAUCAUGGAUAGCAAAGUCGCUCUCCUCCUCGAUAGACGCUCAUCGAAAUUUGUGAGAUUCGCCGAUAUGCCCAUAUGCGCCGUCGGCUUCGGUCUGAUCGCGCACAAACACCAUUGGUAUCUCAUUGGGGGUGAAGAUCGGAUCGGCUACGGAAAAUGGAAUAAGACCGUGUAUCGGUACAAUUUCCUGAAAAGCUCGAAUUCACGCUGUUGGGAACCUUUCACCGAAAUGCCGGAUUGUCGCCGGUCCUUCCUCACUUACGUGAGAGGCAAUCGAAUCUUCGUUGUCGGUGGAUACGGGAGGUUUCGAAAGAGCCUGGAAGGCGAGAUAGCGACCCUCGACGUAGAGACCCGGACUUGGGGACGUGAACAACCGAAGAGCUCGCGGAGAGAUUCCGACCGCUCUAACCAUCUCAACAACGAUGAGCAUUCGGAUAGGAAUAGGUUCAACCUUCUUUACAAGCUUCGGGAGGAAAGCCUCGCGGAGAUGGACGAUGAAGAGCUGUCGAUCAGAAACUUCCCGAGGGAGAUCGUGAAGUGCUCUCUGCAUUUUGGACGCAACAAAAUAGUAAUCACCGACCGGAACGAUCUUUAUUUUUGCGACUUCACCGCAAAAGAAGCCAAAAAACUUGAAGUACAAAGCUCUUCUGGCGCCAAGCCCGAUUUCUACCGGUGCCGACUGGUCGAUCGCACCCUCUUCAACGUACUGCUGCGUACAGUUACCGAGUACCUGAUAGACAUCGAGACGUUGAGCCUCAAGGAAGGUAAGACCUAUCGGAUGACGGAUGAGACGAGCUACAAAAAUGUUGUCUCAGCUUGUGUGAUCCCGUAUUUUUGA